GGAAAAAGGAACAUGAUCAGAAAGAACAGGACCAAGUGACUCUCAGGAAACUCAAUCAAAUACAACUGGUGGAAAAUAAGAAGAAGGAGAAGAAACAGGCUUUGGUUAUGGAGGAGCAGUGUUUACCAAAGCAACAACCACCACCACAGCUUCAGUCAAGCCAGGAACAACCGCAAUUGCCCCAACCACCACUAGUGGUUCCAGUUGUUUCAUAUCCACAGCCAGUUUAUGGACAGAUGCAGAAUUGGAGAGGAAGAGGACGAGGAAGCUCAAGAAGAGGAGGAUUUAAUCCAUACUUUCAGCAAUCUCCAGAAGUGUGUUACAAUUGUGGACAGGUUGGUCACUUUGCCCGUGAGUGCAAUAGCUCAGGAGGAAAUUUCAGAGGAGGAAAUUUCAGAGGAGGAAAUUUCAGAGGAGGAUUCAGGGGCCAGUCAAGGUCGCUUGGAGGACUGGUGAACCCUCACAGGGGCCCAGAGCCAGGAUUCUAGAGGUGCCCGGAAAAUCCGAAAGGGGGGUGUCAGCUGGUAGCAUCAGGGCCAGAAAGAGAUCCAACAAUUGAGGUGAAAGUAAAUAACCGACCAUAGGAAGUAAUGGCGGAUAGCGGAGCGGCUUUCACCUGUGUUCGGCCUGAAGGUACACAUCUUCCUAUGUCCAAUCAACUGAUUCGGACAAGGGGGUUUGAGGGAGUGAAGCAGCUGAUUCCUCUCACAGAACCAAUUGAGCUCUGCUAUAAAAAUAAGAAAACUACAAUACCCAUAUUGGUAUCAGAACAUACACCUAUUGCUCUAUUGGGAAGAGAUGCUUUGUGUAGAUUGAACUGCACAAUAAAAUGUACACCAGAUGGCUGUCUGAUAGAAGUGCCAAAAGAAAUGGUCCACCAACUAUUGAUGACAACAGAGAUGGAGUCCUCUGCAGUAUUCUGGAUUGGAAAUCUCAGUGCAGAUUUCUUGGAGCCGGCUAAGAUAUGGGAGAAAUUCAUUGUGGCGAACAUGCCAGAUGCGAAACUUCCAGAAUAUCCAUUCCAUUGUACGCUCAAGUAUUUCAAGAAUGCUGCCCAAGCAAACCCAGAGGAAUGGUUGGCUCAUCAAACAAAGGGAAUUCAACUAAGCUCAUGUUGCAUAAUUUUGGGACCACAAGGAGCAGCUAUGAAGGUAAACACUGAUGAUUAUCUGGAGAAAGAAUUCAAAAUUGAGAAGAGUGUGCCACAUGUGACUUUGUUGGUUUCUGAAGACUAUGAGCAGAAACACAUAGGGGAAAUGAUGACAGAAGCAAAGGAAGCUGUUUUUGUACCGAUGAAAGAGAAUUUGGCAAUUUGGAGGAGUACAGAUCAGCGAUUCGUCAAAAUCAUGAUUUCAGCUAAAGGACAGGGACAGCCACAAGCUGUACGGAUGACACAUGAAUCUAUUUGUAGUGCCAAGAUGGACUCAGAUUCUAUGAAAGAAGAGAUGUUGCGACAAGUUCCAGAAUGUUUGUGGUCUCAACACAGUACCGAUAUUGGACUUGUGAAGUCAGCCGAACCAGUGAAAGUAGAACUUCGACCAGGAGCUAGACCUCCUUGGAAGUAUCAGUAUCCAUUGAAGGAUGAAGCAAUUCAAGGGAUCGAACCACAAAUUUUUUUGAAGAAGACAACAAAUCCUCAGAGUAACACGCCUUUUGUUGCCUGUGAAGAAACCUGA